UCGUUCCCACUCGAUCCGGGGAGACUCUCUUGGGGUGUGUCGUGUUACGCAUCGUAAUAAGGGUCUUCGUUUUCCGUUUUGGUUAUCGGGAGCGCGUUGCAAGCUGAAUUCAAAGCUAAGCAAACACAAACAAGUGCGUUUUGACUUUCGUUUCGCUCUCGUUUUCUUUUUCUUUCUGAACUGCUAAAAAAGAAAAAAACAGGAUCAUUGGCGAAAACAAAACAAAACAAAUCAAUAGUCUUUCAUCAGUAAGGAAUUGCAUGUCUUGUGCAUUUGAGACGAGCACUCGAUCAAGUGUCUCUGCGUGAGUUGUGUUCGUUACGCGAGCCCAUUUGAACGCCUCCCAAAAGAAGAAGAGGCUUUUUGCCAACAUUGUGUCGCGGACGUCAUGAGGAUUGACGAUCUUGAACAGCCCGCCGCUGUGCUAACGUAGUUGCAUUUUUCAUGUCAUUGGAAAAAAAAAAAAAAAAAAAAGGAGUGAAACUAGUGAAUGGACAUCUCUAAAAGUGGGCACUUGACCAAGGGAAAAAAAAAAGCGUAAUUCCAUUCUUGUUUUUCAUUUCUUUAAAUUUGCGGCCUGAACGUCGGCUUUCUUGCAUCAAGUAGUUCAACUCACCGCUAGAUGUCGUUAGUCUUUAGGUGAAAAUAAUCGAGAAAACGCACAAUCAUAAAGCAAAACAAACUCUACUGUACAAACAAACGAAGAGCGCACGAGAAACGUUUUCGGUGAUUAGAACUUGUUUUUUAUUUGCUUUUCCCAUUUAUCAUUGGCCAACAAGAUCUACUGGCACCCACCCUUGCCUCAAAAGUUCGGUCAGUGUAAUUCCUGUCGGACUCCCAGUUGGUAUUUUACUAAUCACUCCCCCCUUCGAGACAUCAUUUUGUGUUACACUGUCUUCGAUUAGAAACACAACAAAAAUGGGAUUCAAACAACCAGCCACGGAAAACCCUUACUCGAAAGACGGAUUUCGCAAAUAUCCCACAUUACGUGACCAUCCACUCAAAACAGCAGCUCAGUGGUUACUUGGCCGGGUGGCUGACGAUGGGUACGGCCAUCUGUGGCGCGUCGGCGAUCAGCUUUACGAUCUGUCAGAGUUCAUUAAGAUCCACCCAGGCGGCCGUCAAUGGCUGGAAGUGACGCGUGGCAUGGACAUCACCGAAGCUUUCGAAUAUUCCCACUUGAGUCCUCACGUUCGCACCGUCCUGGCCAAGUAUCACGUCCGGCCGGCCGUGGGUCCUCGCAAUUCGCCCUACACGUUCGAAGCUGACGGCUUCUACAUGACGCUCAAGAAACGCGUCCAUCAACAUCUUUCCACCAAAGUGAGCCGCCAAGAGAAAGAGGCGGCACACAAACGAAUCACCAUCGUCCAGGAUCGCAUCCUCGUCACCUUCUUCACGCUGCUGAUUGCGACUGCCUGGACGCAGUCGUACGUUGUUGCCAUGUUAGCUGGCACUGCCUUAAUGCUCAAUAUCAAUUGCUCUCACAAUUUCUACCACAAGAAGGACAAUUGGCGCAUGUACUGCUGGGAUCUCGGCUUGUUAUCGUCUUACGAAUGGCGCAUAACCCACGCCAUCAGUCAUCACGGUUACACAAACACUUUGUGGGAUUUUGAGCUAUCGGAUUUCGAGCCUUACGUCGACUUUCGUGUCUAUUCGAAAUCGUUGGCGCAGCGCUACUUGAUCCCCUUGGUUAUCCUCACCGUGUCCUACCUGUUCUUCUUCAUUGAAGCUUUCAAACGGAUCGUUACGAUCGCCAUCGGUCAGCAGCGUUUGCGUCCGGAGAACUUGUUGCCUUUGGUCCAACUGCUCAUCAUUUGGUUCGUGGGCUGCCCGUUCGUUCAAGCUGUUAAACUGUGGUUGGUCAUACACGGAACGAGCAGCUAUCUGUUCGCCAUAGUCGGAGUCAUCGCUGCCCACCAUCAUCCGGACAUGUACCACGCGGGAGACGGACCGUUCCAGUACGGCAGCGACUGGGGUCUCGGCCAGCUUGACGCCGUCCGCGACCGCAACGACGUCGAUGGUGUCCUACUAGCCGAGCUGACCAUGUACGGCAACCACGUCCUCCACCAUCUCUUCCCGACGCUGGAUCACGGCGUGCUGGACAUCAUCCGGCCCAUCUAUCAGCAAACCUGCCGCGAUUUCAAACUUCCCGCCGAGUUUGCGCAGUUACCGAGCCGUUACAAUCAGUGGGAUUUGUCGCUGGGCGUGUUGCAGCAGCUGGCCCGCACCCAACCUCGUCUUUCAGUCCGUUCUAAAUCAGACUGAUCCCCCCCCCCCCAUCCGACGUCCAGUCGGAAAAAAAAAAAAAAAAAAAAGAAAAAGAAACAUUAUUAUUGUUGUUAACUAUACAAUACGUUUUGUUUCUUUAUUUUUUAUUUUUUUUUUUUCGUUAUAUUUUAUUUGAGGCGGAUUAUAAUAAAUAUCAAUGAGAGAUAGCAUUCGGGAG